AUGGCAUCCAUCUUUCGCUCAGGCGCUCUGGCCCUGAUCAGCGGCGGCGCAUCCGGCGUGGGCUUCGCCUUUGCGCAACACUGUCGGCGCAGUGGAAUGCACUUGGCACUGCUAGACAUCAACGCCACGUCGCUACAGGCAGCUUCCUCAGCUCUACAGGCCAUCGACAACAAGCUGCUGACGCUCACGUACGAGAUCGACGUGUCAGACCUCUCGGCGUGGGACGCGGUGAAGGCCGACCUGGCGGGCAAGUUCCAGACGAUCGACUUCCUGAUGCUGAAUGCGGGCAUCGGGAUCCGGACGACCAAGCCGUGGGGGGACGCCGAGUACUUCCACAAGACACUGGGGGUCAACUUCUUCGGCAUGGUGCACGGGCUCACGACGUUCCUGCCCCUGGUGCUCAAGACGACGGGGCCCAGCGCCGUGGUGCUCACGGGGUCCAAGCAAGGCAUCACCAACCCGCCGGGCAACCCGGCGUACAACGCGUCCAAAAGCGCGGUGAAGACCAUGACGGAGCAGCUGGCGCACGACCUGCGCACGCCAUCGUCGUCCAUCUACGCGCCGCACGUGUCGGCGCACCUGCUCGUGCCUGGCUGGACGUUCACGGGGCUGAGCGGCAACGUGGGGCCCGUGCCGGACGAGGAGGCCCUCAAGACGAAACCGCGCGGCGCCUGGCUCCCCUCGCAGGUGGCCGAGUACGGGGUCAAGAAGAUCGAGCAGGGCCGCUUCUACAUCAUCUGUCCCGACACCGACGUCGACGAGGCCCUCGACAACGCCCGCAUGACCUGGGCCGUCGGUGACAUCACAGAAGGUCGCAGCGCCCUGAGCCGCUGGGACGACAAGGUCAAGGACGAGGCCGCGGACUGGAUCAAGAAGGAAGCCGAUAGGCGGAGAGGACAGUAA